GGUCUGCACUCUCUCUUCUCACCGACGGCAAUGAGAAGCGCCGCAAAUUUCGAAAGUUCCCGCUUCCCCCCUCUCCCAAAAUUCCUUAGAAUCUCACUGUUGUUCCUUGAGAUGGCUCGUACUAAGCAAACAGCCAGGAAGUCGACCGGAGGCAAGGCGCCGAGGAAGCAGCUUGCCGCCAAGGUUGCUCGUAAAUCAGCACCGGCCACCGGAGGAGUGAAGAAGCCUCACCGUUUCAGGCCAGGAACUGUGGCUUUGAGAGAGAUCAGGAAGUACCAGAAGAGUACUGAGCUCUUGAUCCGAAAGCUUCCGUUCCAGAGCCUUGUGCGAGAGAUCGCUUAGGAUUUCAAGACCGAUCUCAGGUUCCAGAGCAGUGCAGUCGUUGCUCUCUAGGAGGCUGCCGAGGCGUAUCUCGUGGGGCUCUUUGAGGAUACCAAUCUCUGUGCCAUUCACGCUAAGAGAGUUGUCGUAGUCACCUAGCAAAU